AUGCGUUACAACGUGGUACUCUUUCUCCUGCUUGCAAGUUGCAAUGCUUUUCCGUUUGUCGCGCUUGUACCGUUCUCAGUAGCGAUAACGGGAGUAAUAUACAAGUAUCGUCUGAACUGUCUCCUAUAUGAAUGCUGUUCUUCAGCCGUUCACUUCAACAAAACAAGCUUGGAACGAUCACUUUCGGAUGAAUUGCAUGGUCAGCAUAUCGCAGCUGAGCGUGUGUAUCAUCAUUUAGUCGAUCAUAUUUCUGGUGGUUCGCCACAAAAGCCUCUAGCAUUGUCAUUCCAUGGAUACACUGGUGUUGGGAAGAAUUUUGUUUCAAAUAUUAUCGCGAAUAAUGUUUUAAAAUUGGGAACAAGGAGUCGUUUCUACCAUUUCUAUGAUGCUACAAUACACUUCAAACAUCCUCUCAUAUUCCGGAGUAUAAGGAACGCCUUUAUCGAGAUCUACAUACAGCUAAAGUCAAUAUUCAUCUUUUUGAGUAAUGCUGGUGGUAAUUAUAUCAAUAGGCGUACGUAUGAGCAUUUAGUUGGUGGAAAGAAGCGAGAAGAUCUGCGUUAUACAGAUGUCGAUCGCUUUUUAGCCAAAUCGGCAUUUAAUAAUGAAGGUGGCCUUCAGUACUCUGAGCUAAUUACUAAACAUCUGAUCACAGCUGUUAUUCCAUUCUUGCCAUUACAGCCGACCCAUGUUAGAAAAUGUGUUCAAGAUGCUGCCAAGCGACGUAAUGUCACAUUUUCCGAAGAUAUGGUUCAAUUUGUCCUGGAUGAACUUGAAUGGUCACCGGAAGGGAGCAAGUUCUUCUCUGUUUCAGGUUGUAAAAGAGUCUAUGAAAAAGUCGGAUUUUAUCUACAACAAUUGUAA